GACGUAACUACCGUGAAACAAUAUGGCGUCCUCAGAAUGAAACAUGAUUGCAAAUGAGUUUAAGUGGAUGGACCGCUGCCUCUUUUGAGGCACUGGUGUUGUCCGACGCAACGUUUUCGGUAGAAAAGGUAAAUGUUGUAGGCGUUGCCGAGCAAGGACGUUUGGUUUAGCCCAGCGGCGAAGUCGGCGACGGCGGUCAAGAUGGACAGUGGCGAGUACAUCUCCCCGAUGGAGAACGUGGAGCCGACUUUAGCCGAGUUAGUAGGAGAUGAAUUCACCAUAGGGGACAUCGAUGAGAUGCUCCAGUACGUCACCAACCAGGCGGGAGACUUCCCAGACCUCUUCGAGGAGCAGAUGACCUCCACGGGCUCUCUCAUCAACGCCCCUCGACCCGCCAAUCAAACUCCCCAGACCCUCCAAACAUCAACCCCCGUUGCCCCCCAUUACCCCAACGUCGACCUCUCUGGGAGACGGUCUGCGCCCCUCCCACCUUCUCUCUCUCCUGCUCAGACCCCCUCCCCGACCGCAGCGUCCACGGGGCAGCAACAGGUGACCCGCAGCCCCCCGCCGCUCCAGCCGCGACCUCAAGUGGUCCAACCCAUCCAACCACAACCGAUGGCCCAGCCCACCAUUCAGAUGCAGACCCAGGGCAUCCCAAUGCAGACCCAGCGAUUCCCAGUUCACACGCUGGUUCCGACACCCAUCCCGACACAGGGGACCCAAACUGUGAUGAUUGCGUCCAACAACGGGCAGUCCCGUUUUCUCCAAAACCCGGUCAUCUGCCACCAGAGUCCGGCUCCCGGUUUCCCAGUGCUGCAACCGCAGGUACCGAGCAUCAUGACGUCGUCGCAGCUCCAACCGGUGACAAUUCAGCACCAGCGCCUUCUGACGCCGAGCGGUCAAACCAUCCAGACGUUCUCCACGGCGCCCACGACGGUCCACGCUGUGCCUCAGCAGGUGCAGCAAGUCCCCGUUUUGGUUCCGCAGCCUCAGAUCCUGAAGACCGAUUCCCUGGUUGUGACCACACUUAAACCAGAAUGUACCCAGGUUCUCACAACCAUGCAGAACGCGGCGGGGAUCACCACCCUGACCACGCCCCUCCAGAACACCACCCUGCAAGUCCCGUUGUACGGCUACCAGUACCCUCAAAAGACCACCAUUCCUUUCGUGGUGGGCGGUGGAGAUAAGCUCACCAUCAAGCAGCUUCAGUCGGGCUCUCCCCAAAACGCGAAUGCCAACAGAUCCAGCGGCGAGCAGAGCCCGGGGACCGGCGGCGUGGUGAAGGAGGGCGAGAGGAGAACCACGCACAACAUAGUUGAAAAACGGUACCGCUCAUCCAUCAACGACAAGAUCGUGGAGCUCAAAGACUUGGUCAUGGGCAGCGACGUCAAGAUGCACAAGUCGGGAGUCUUGAGCAAAGCCAUCGACUGCAUCAAGUACCUGAAGCAGGUCAACCACAAACUCCGACAGGAGAACUUGACCCUCAGGAUGGCCAACCAGAGGAACAAACCUGAGAUCCUGUCUGAGGACAUGGAACCCAAAGAGGACAUGGGAAUGAUAUCGCCGCCCGCCUCCGACUCGGGUUCCCCGCGCCAAUACUCUCCAUACAGUCUGGACUCGGAGCCUGGCAGCCCCUUGCUCGACCACGAUCUGAUGAAGUGCGAACCGGACUCUCCUUCCUCUGUCGGCGUGAUGGAUCGUUCCCGUCUGCUCCUCUGCGCGCUGACCUUCUUCUGCCUGUCUCUGAAUCCGCUCCCCUCCCUGCUGGGCGCCGAGUCUUCAUCCAGCCAAAGUGUCCCCACGGGUCACGGUCCUUCGAGAACACUCGUCUGGCUCCCGAGUCCCACACAGGACUUUGCGACGUGGCUGCGCUGUCUGUUGCCGUGGGUGAUGGUUUGGGUCGUCAGUGGCCUGGGGGCGGUGUGGGGUUGUGUUCGGGUGCUGUACCUUUGGGAACCCGUCACGCCCCUUCACUCGCCGAAGUCGGUGUCCUUCUGGAGGCACCGCAAGCAAGCUGAUGUGCACCUGAAGAGCGGGGAUUAUGCAGCGGCCUUGACCCGUUUGGAGACCUGCCUGUCCAUCUUGACCAGAGCGCUGCCCUCCACCAAACUGGAUCUGGUCUGCUCCUUGUCCUGGAAUGUGAUUCGCUAUUGUUUGCAUCGCCCAACCCCGCUCGGAUGGCUGGUUCACCAAGUCGGGGGGAAACACGAGGGGGACGAGGCUAGGACAAGCGCGAAGGACGCGGCUCUGGUUUACCAUCGUCUGAGUCAGCUGCAACUCACCGGAAAUCUUCCCGAGCGUAGUGGCUUGUGGGCCCUGUCUCUCUCUCUGAGCGCCGUGAACCUCAGCGAGAGCGCCCAAGGAAAGAUGGCUCCGGCCCAGCUCACCCAGAUCUACGUGACUGCCGCCGCCGCCCUGCGUACUGUACUGGGGCUGCACGUCUCCUUCCUGCCCGGUUACCUACUGAGCCGUGCUGAGAGCAUCGCCGGUCAAUCGGACGCAAAGCAGAUCCCACAAUGCCUGCGAUGGCUUUUCACGCCAUUGGGAAGGCGGUUCUUCCUGAGCUGUGAUUGGUCGUUGAAGUCAGGAAGCGGUGAUGUGGUGUUUACGUCGCAGAGAGAAGACCCAGCUGACCCGAUCGCCCAGUUGCACCGCUGUUUCUGCAGAAAGCUUCUGGAGAGAGCCGUACACGCCCUCAUCCAGCCGCAGAGCGACUCCGAAGCAGGCAAACGCGGGGAGUUUUCCAGCGCCCUGGACUUCCUGGAGCAGCUGAAUAGCUGUACGGAUGACUCCGCCUCCUCUUUCCCUCCAUUCUCUGCCCCGCCCAGUCACACCAUCACGCCAGUGAGAGAUCCGGUGAGCCGUUGGUGGGCGUUGGUGCUAAAGGCCGCCGUCAACUGGCUCCAGGGAGAAGACGCCACCGUGAGGUCACUGCUGGCAGAUGCAGAGAGAAUGCCCAGGGCUCUGCAGACGCAGGAACACCCUCUGCCCAACGCCGUGCUGCUGUUGUGCAAGGCAGUUCAGAAGAGCCUAUCGCCUCUGAAGGGAGACAACACGCUAGCCUGCCUGUCCCGGUGCGACCAAGCCAGCAACUUCCUGCGCUCCAGCAUCUCUCUGCACCUCGGCCAGCCUGGGAAUUGCCUGCAUAAGGCGAUGGAGCUGCUGGUUUGUGACCUGCUCCUGACCUUGAGGACCAGCUUAUGGCAGCGUGGAAGCAGCACCAAUGGAGUACCUGGUCCGGCACCCGCGUCCCAAUUGGCCGGUUUUCAGAAGGACCUGAGUGCACUGAGAAAGCUCACACAGUGCUCCAGACAGACGCAACAUAAGGUGUUCCUCCACGAGACCACAGUGAGGCUGAUGGCAGGAGCCUGUCCCACCAGGACGCAUCAGCUGCUGGAUCACAACCUGCGACGUCGGACCCACGGCUCCUACACCGCAGAGGGCGAGAGGGAGCGGGCGCACGCCAUCCUGCUGGCCUGCCGCCACCUGCCCAUGCCCCUGCUAACCACGCCCGGGCACCGUGCCCACCUGGUGGCUGAAGCCAAACGCAUCCUGGAGCGCGUGGGCGAUCGGCGAUCCCUGCAGGAUUGUCAGCAGAUCCUGUUGCGGCUCAGCGGGGGCACGGCCAUCGCUGCGUCCUGAACACACAUACACACACACACAUGUACACACACAAGCUGCUGUUGAUGAAACUCAUUAACUUGCAGUAUCUAAAUGACAAAUCAUGUGCACCCAUCUCCAUUUGCGCUUCUAUUACUCUGCUCUACCACAAUUUCACCACCUUUUGGCCAUUCAUGGUACAGAAUCAACUGACUGCAUCAUUUUUAAUAAUAUAUAAUAAAGAAUAUGAGGUGAAAUAGAUGAUUUCCUAAGGAAAAAAGGGAUACGAUUCGCUAUUGAUAGGAAGCUGCACAGUCAUCAGUUAGCAAGCUUUCCUUUGUAAGGGCUGCACAGCGCUCAGACACAAAGACACACUCUUUUACCUAAGUAGUGUCGCCUCCUAUCUACCUCACAUGCAGUACAAAAAUACUCAAAAUACCGUGGGGCAAAAUCACAUUUUGAAGAAAAUCACACUUAAUCACACUUAAAAGAUGGCUGGAUUGUUAACUAAUGCCUACUUAACACAUACACGCAUACAGGACAUGUACAAUUUACUGAAUGUUUAUAGUCCAACUGUAUAUAGCUUGUAAAUGCCACCAUGCUAUCUUUUCACGUAGGGGGACCCGCAUUAAGCAUCCAAGUUGAUCCAGCGUCCCAAAAAUUCUCAUUCAAACGCCCGACAAAAAUAAAAACGUGUCAUAAAAGGUCUAUGAUCGCUUAUAAAUAAUAAUAAAAAAUAUUUCUUACCCCCAUUAAACCUCAAACUGGUUAAUAAUUGAAAGAUUUUCAAUGUGGGAACCCAACUUUUUUAUUGUAAUAUAAAAUGUUUCACAUUCGAUGUACGUUUUUGAAGCAAAAUACCCAGAAUUUGAAACAAAAAAUAUUUUAUGCUGUUUUUAUUUUUUUUUUUUCCUCACCCAUCACAUGGCACUUGUAUCAUUCCUGUUUUGGUGUUCUUAUUGAAUGUGUUUUAUGGAUAAAGUAUAGUGAUGAGAAGGAGAAGACGUCUUAUAUGUUGAAGGCUUUUCGCACACAUUUUAAAACAAUUACAAUGGUAGGUUAGGGUUGCCUUUUCUUUUGGAGACUGCACAUUAUUACAUCUCUUUUUUUUUUUUAGAAUAGAAAACAGGUCAAACCAUGUCGAGCGUUGGAUUUCUUGAUUUUUGACAAAGAAAUAAGCGAGCAAUGCUCUGUUAGCCACAGAUAGGCCGGUUUAUUAUCAUUCUUCUGUUGUAACAACUUUUUAAACGUUUGUCCUUUCUACUUUUAAGUGGUUUACUUUCUGUGUUUAUUUUGAUGGUGUUUUUUAAUGUGUAUAUACAGUAUAAUAAAAAAACGUGCUGGUGGGA